UUUCACGGUAUGUCUCACGGGGUGUCAGAUCGAGUCGUGAAACGUAAACGAAAUUGUUAAAUUCGCUUUGACUUGGACUAAAGUCGGUACAAAUAUGCCGUGUGACAACUUAGUGAAGAAUGGCCUCUGUAUCUCUGGAUAAUAAUGUAUAAGCUGAAAACCUCUCUAAAGACAACCCCGACAUAGCGGUUGGAGCGUACUCCGUCCGGCGUACGUGCGUGCUUGGAGCGUGUAAUAUGUAUAUGCUCUAAGAUGCGAGUGUACAAAAAUAUGGUGCAUUUUCAAACAUGUUUUGUACUAAAAAACAAUAAAACAAGUCACAACGACCGAUAUUGCAGACCUAGAGAUGUCGCCAGCUACACCAAACAGAGGUGGGAAACAACAAGGUCAUCCUCAGUCACUUCAGCCAGUAGGUUCAGAAACACGCAAAGAUUGGAACACUCCCCGCUUGGCGGAGUGAUGGGGACGAUAGCUGUUUUGUAGUCAAAGUAUAGCCGAGUGAGCGGUAGGUUGUAUCAUACGUAUGUCGCGUACACACGUACAGCUUUUACGAGUGUUGGAGAAGUAUAAGUGAGAGACUAGAAGGGGGUAACACCAGUCUUUACCGUACUUCUGUGUAAAAUCGGUCUUUGCAGAGUCGCCGAGGGGAAACGUGAAGGGCAAGCAGCGAUUGAAGUGGAAAUUCAAUAUUCGACUUUUGAAUCCCGAAGGAAUUGGAAAUCAGCUUAUCAAAACAUCGUUAUUGUUAGGUUUUCAUAGUUUAGCAGUUAUCACAUUUCCGGCAGAAUUCCCGGUAUCCUUGCGUGUUCCAUUUAACGAGUGAGCGGAUUUUUCACGCAAUCGAUGAACUAGAAAAAAAUUCAAAUCGAAGUUAAAUAAAUGAAUAAUACGUAAGAAAAAUAAGUGAACCGAUCCAAAGUGAAGAACAGUCGGCGAGGCAAAUGGAAGUGAAUGAUCUUUAGAAUCUAGUGACCCUAAAUUAUUAUUUUUAAAUUCAAAAUAAAUUAUCAUAAUCUUGGUUGAUGGUUUAAUUUUAUGAUAAUAUUUCAUCAUGAAGAUAACGCCGAGAUGUUUUGGCAACAUUACAAAAAUGCUGGAUUUUUACUCCCAGUUCAACCCCUCACCGCUUUCUAUAAAGCAGUUCAUCGAUUUCGGAUUGAGCGCUUGCGAAAGGAAGUCCUUCAUUUUUCUACGAAAGGAGUUACCUGUACGUUUAGCAAAUAUAAUGAAGGAAAUUCAUUUACUUCCCGACCACCUCUUGCGAAUGCCCAGUGUUGGACUAGUCAAUAAUUGGUACGCCAUGUCUUUCGAGGAAAUCAUUCAAUUCGAAAAAGCCGACAUCAACGAGACCACCUUGGACAAAUUUUGUCAAGCUCUUGUAAAAAUUCGAAACCGACACAUGGAUGUUGUUCAAACGAUGGCUCAAGGUGUCCUGGAGUUAAAAGAUUCACAUGACGUCGAUAAUCAAACGGAGAAUAGCAUUCAAUAUUUUUUGGACAGAUUUUACAUGUCCAGAAUUUCAAUACGUAUGCUCAUCAAUCAACACACUUUAUUAUUCGGUGGGCAGCUCAAUGGGCACAGCAGUCAUGUGGGAUGCAUAGACCCUGUUUGUGAUUUGGUCGGAGUUGUUCGUGACGCCUAUGAAAAUGCCAGAUUUUUAUGCGAUCAAUAUUACCUAGCUAGUCCUGAAUUGAUAGUUAACCAGCAUAAUGAAUUGGAGAGAGGAAAUGAGAUACGGAUAGUGUACGUACCGAGUCAUCUUUACCACAUGCUCUUUGAACUGUUCAAAAACAGCAUGCGAGCAGUAAUGGAGCACCACGGAGAUCAAGCUGGUAAUUGCCCCCCGGUUAUGGUUACCGUCGUUAGGGGCAAAGAGGACAUUUGCGUGAAGAUGUCUGACAGGGGCGGUGGCAUACCUCGAUCUCAAACGGAUCACCUAUUCAAAUACAUGUACAGCACAGCGCCCCAGCCGAGUAAAUCAGAUGUUCAUACCGUACCUUUGGCUGGAUACGGCUACGGCCUACCCUUAUCCCGGCUUUACGCGAGAUAUUUUCACGGAGAUUUAGUUCUUCUGAGUUGCGAAGGCUACGGAACAGACGCCAUAAUAUACCUGAAGGCGUUAUCAAACGAAGCAAACGAGCUCUUACCGAUAUUCAAUAAGACUUCGUCGAAAUUCUACAGAACUACGAUUCCUACGGGAGAUUGGAGCAGUCAGAGCGCCGGAGGAAUGGCGACCAGACAAUUUUGUGUCAGUCCUGGACACGGGCACAGACUUCCUCACGGUAUGCAGGCAAGUCAAUGCUAACAGCAGCCCGACUCCGAUGACGAAAGGUCGGCAUAGGGUGAUUUAUUCAUGCGUGGGUGAUAGACGGCUGAUUUAUAAUUACCAGAGUCAAUUUCACACAUUAUUACUGUUUUUGUCUCAGAGCAUACGAGAUGCUGCUCAAAGAAAAGAAAAAGAAUAAUAUAUCAAAGGCUAUGACGUGUGCGCGCAAUAAUUAUAGGCGGCGUAAAUCUAUAGGAGUGUGAAAUUUUCAUUUUUCCUUUUAUUUUAUUUUUAUUUUUUUAUUAACCAUCUUCGGGUGGUUUAAUAAUCGAUUUUAUUGAAUUCCGACGCAUACCAGUAUGUGUUUGACUGAUGAUAAGCAAAUGAAGCUUAUAAGUGAUUAAAAAAUAUCUUAAUAUAGUAGAUUCAUGAAUAAAGAUUAAUUGAAGUUUUACGUAAAAAAAAAAAAACAAAAAAAAAAACAAAAAAAAACAAACAAACAAAUCUUAUCACUUUUCUAGCGGGGUGAUCUUUUCUGGGAUGUACACUGGUAUUUUAUCUUUGUUAAAUUGUAUUGCAAGGUUACAACGAUAAUCACGGUUGUGUAAAAAUUAUUACGAUCACUGUCAUAUAACAUCUCAUGGAAUUUUAUGAUAAAAAUUCUGAUUAAGGGCAUGUUAUUUGUCCACGGUCAUCUCCAUCAAUACUCUGUUUGGAUUCGGCUAUGAUUGUACUUUCUUACGUUAUUUUAUCAUGAACACGUUUGCUUUUUUUUUUCAAUCUUAGAAUAUAUCACUAUUGACUACGCAGCGCUGCUGCGGAUAUGAAAAUACGGCGUCGAUAUUUUUUAAUUGUGAAGUAAAACAUAAUUAGUUGUAAAAUAUCCCAAUAGCUAUGCAAACCAGCAUUAACGAGAAGAAAAAGCAAAUUAUAGAAAUAAAGGAAAAAUAAAUUUAGGUAAAUACGCAAAAGAAAAAAAGAAAAACAAUAGUAAUAAAACAAUAUUGUUGAUGUAAUAAAGAUGUAUUGUUGUAAUAAAAAGACGUUCUUCAAGA